GAUAUAGUUUAUUGCAUAUAUAUAUAAGAUAAGAUGAUUCGAGUAGACAAAUAAAAAGGCACAAAUGUGUAUAUUUCAGCCCAAAAAAAAGUCGCAAAUCUGAAAUCUUCCUCAUAUCUCAAAAUCUUUGGUAGUUCUUAACGAAAUACAGAACAGUUGCAUCGGUUUCAUUACGUCUAUAUGGAAAAAUUGGACCGACCAGUUAAUGGAGACUGGUUUGGUGAGAGUGAAAUUGUUGAUGCAGAUUUAUUGGUGAAUCUUCUCGAGGCCUAUAGAUUUGGUAAAGACAAUGUUCCCGCCGGUAAAAUUCGAUUCAAGGCGGAGGUGACGGCGCCGCCUGACAACACCACCGAGAUGCAGGGUGAAGAGGACGAUGAUGGAUCUCAAGGUCUCGUAGGAAACACGUCUGUUCAUGAAAGCAUGUCAUCUGUAUCUUCCAAUUCAGAUCCAAUAAUUCUGGAUACUACGAGCGAAACCGGUUCAGAUAAUGAACCCGGUUCAAACGAAGAAAGCGGUAAUAGUUGGUUAGAGUCGAACUCCACAAACUUACCAAAUGCAGAGAACGAAAGGCAACGGAGCACUGAAGAAGGUGAGGUAGAAGAAGAAUGUGAGAUAGAAGAAGAAAAAGAAGCAAACAGCGAGAGAUCAUCAUCAGAGCCGGAAGAGAAGUCAGACCUAGAGAAGUUGCUUGCGAUACAAGAAAACUACGAGCUUUACUGUCCAAGCUGUAGCUCGUGUAUCACCAGAAAGGUGAUUCUCAAGAAAAAGAAACAUGAGAAGCUAGGUGAUUUGUCUGCGAACCUGAAAUCUGAUGUGCAUGUCGUUAAUGAAUCAAGCGAAAUCGAGGAGAUCGAACCACCGGUUAAGGUUCAUGUCCCUGAGACUCGUAAUAAGAAUGAUGAUCAAGAAGACAAAAAGGAGGGUUUUAUUUUCACUUGCUUGGCCUGUCUAAAGCACUUCCUCCGUUCAGGAGUCAGGAUCUUACAACUUGAUUAUGUCAGGGAAAAACCGGUUGAUGAGCCAGCACAAUUAGAGGCGAGUAAGAGUAGUAGCACCACUGAACCACCGGCUCAAAAUAAACCGGACGGAGAAAGAUUAGCCAUUGAGUUACUGAAGAGCACCGUCUACGGCGGUCUCUCCGAGACCAUCACUAGCCUCGGCGUUGUAUCUUCCGCCUCUGCCGCCGGAUCCUCCACCGAGAAUAUCUUGGCUCUUGCGGUAGCAAAUUUGGCCGGUGGGCUCAUCGUCCUUGCUCAAAACCUUCAAGAUCUAAGAAACAGUUCAGAGCAAGAAAAAGAUCGGUACGAGGAACUUUUGGGGAGACGUGCUAAUAUCCGGAUGCAUAUUUUAGUUGCGGUAUUGUCUUACAUUUUCUUUGGCCUAAUUCCUCCAUUGGUUUACGCAUUUUCCUUCUACGAAACCGGAAUCAAGAACUACAAGCUCGUCUCGGUUUUCUCCGUCUCUCUGGUUUGCGUGAUUCUGCUCGGUAUGGUCAAGGUCUAUGUCCGAAAACCCCCCAACUUACGUGAACCGCCUAAAUCAUAUCUCAAAUCAGCGGCUUAUUAUACGUCAGUUGUAGUUGCCUCUUCCGGAAUUACAUACGUUGUCGGAGAUAUCGUGGGAGGAUAUAUCGGGAAGCUCGGUUGGUUUAGUUUAGACCAGAUCGGUUUGACUUCAACAUUUGACAGAACUAAAACAGAGGAAUACCGGUUUACUAACAUUUAAUGUAGUGAAAGGAGGAGAGAAAUCAUGAACCGGUGAGAGAAGCGUUGUAAUUAAUCACUAAAUCUAUUUUUCUUUCUUUUGGGCUAUGCAAAGCGGACUUUGCAAAAAAGUUAAAACCGAUGCCAUCCUUUGAAUAAAGGUCUUUCUUUUUUGAGGUUUUUAGUUGAUAUUGGAGGUAACACUUUGAGUUUAGUUUGAGUGUAUA